AUGGCUUGGGUAGAACGAAUGAUACCACCCGACCAAGAUGAACAAUUUGAAAGUUGGCGACAAGAAUUUCUUCAAGAACGUUCGUUACGAAUUGUUCGUGAACGAGAAAUUAUGAAAGAAACAGCUGAACGAUGCAAAUCAUAUAAAAAACGUGAACAAGAAGCCAAUGAAGCUAUUGAACGAAAACGUCAAGCAAUUUUAGCACAACGCAAAGCAGCAACUGUGCAGGCAACAAUGCGAUUUCAACGUAAUCUACCAGGAUUUACUGUGAUGGAUCCAGACAAAUUCGAUCGAGCUAUCGAAACGAUCACCGGUCGACAACUAUCCAAUCGCUCGACGCCAAGACGAGUUCCUACGAAUUAUCAACAGCAGCAGAGAGCGAAUGUAACAUUUCGUCGGUCGAUAUCAAUGGAAGAAUUAGGAUCGAAGCAGGCGAUGUUAAAUCCAUUCAAACAAGACCAACGAACUCCACAGGUUUUACCUCGGACAAAUUCCGUCAUUCAUGUCCCACAAAACGCCAAUCCUGUUCAAUACACUUCACCUUUACAAGAAGUUCAACGUCAGGUACUAAACGAUUUUGCUGCUCAAGUUCAAUCAACUCUUCAUCAUAAACAACAAUUCGAUGAAACGAACACAUGGGAUCGCGAAAGUAUCGACAGUCUGGAAGAAUCAAAUCAUUAUCAACCACAGAAAAUCAGCGGACCUAUCGUUCGUCCAACUCCUGUUGUAAAUAUUCAGCCGAGAAAAUCUACAAAUGAAGAUCAACAAGCACUAUUACGUCGAAGUUAUCACGAGAGUUUUUUUGUUAGAACCACUCCUGUUACUGGUGACGAACAAGUAGCAGCAUGGUUAGGUGCGAGUAAAAAACCCGAAAUACCAUCGCCUAUGCAAAAACCUUCGUCACUCGAUGGAACCGAGAGCGAAACAAAUGGAAAACGGAAAAGUAUUCUGAAACGAUCGCCUUCUGUGGAAAGUAAUCUAUCAAAUAACAAACCAAUCGCGGUAGCAAGAAAAGGCAGUGCACCACAAACGCGUACCAUUGGCGAAAAAACUCGCGUGAAAGAUAGUUUAGAAGUCAUCAAUACGAAACUAUUGAAAGACAUGGACACGCAAAAAAAAACUGUUCGAUUUGCACCAGAUACUGACAAUCAACGAUGUGUAUCAGAUACUCAACUUGUUAAACAAUCCGAUUUAGAUUUAGACAAUGAACAAACACCAGUACGCCGUGUUCAAUCAGUGGCGAUGUUCACUGUUCCACAACGUCCACCUUCGAAGUAA